UGGCAGAGGACAGGGGAGGGAGGCUGUGCCUUUUACACAGAUGGUAUGUAUCAUUCAUGUGUGCCCACGGAUAGAUAGAUACACCUCUCCCUCCCUCUCCGUUUUUCUUUCUUUGUGCGGACUGGCUGUAUGCGUUCGCAUUCAUCCAUCCAUAUGUCGCCCAUUUGCCCCCCGGCCCCUGUACACUACGUCGGAUGAAAAAGCUCACUAACACGCACACACGCGAACACGCAACACGCACAGCUCAUGGAUUCGAUCACGCCGCAACAAACAAAGAGGGAGGAGUCUGCACCCGCAUCCAAAAGGCAAAAGCGGCGCCAAUGCAGAGACACCAAAAAGAGGCAGAGGGGAGGAUGGGGGGGCACACACUCAGACGGGUCGAAAUGCAUGAUAUAGUGGGUAUGCAUCUGCAUGCACGAGUGCACUCAGGGAGGGAGGACCUAGCUAUAAAGCGCGACGCACGGACCGCCAGCAACAGCACAGCACCCGUGAGGCGCACACUGUUGCCGCGUCAAUUGUAUGCACUCAUCGAAUCGAUAGCAGCAUGAACACACGCACCACCCAUUGCCACCCAUCACCACCCAUCCCAUCAGUGCAUCCGCCAGGAAAGCCCCAGCUCGCUCUGGGAUAUCCAAUUCGACAUGUGGUCCAGGGACCUCUCUACCCCUCUACUCGCGUCGGAUGAUGGACGUUCGGCCCGCGGCGACCCCACAUAGCCGAAGGGAUCGGAGCCCGGCACGCCCAUGACGCUCUCCUCGAUGGGGAUGUGGAGGCUUACCAGCGAGUCAUUGCUCCGUUUGGGCUCCAGUGGACAGCGGCUGUCCUCUGUCUCGGUCGUCUCGUCGGUAGCCAUGGUGGUGCCCUUGGCCACCGGUGUCACAAUGACGUCAUCUGAUGGACGGACACCAACACAACCCCCCCAUUCAUGUCGGCCACCAUGUUCGCCGUGUUGACGGACGUACCUGUUUGUGUGUCUGUGUCUUUGAGGCCCGAUUGCUGCUGCUGCUGCUGCUGUGCGUUUGGUACGGCCGCCUUCUGCUUACGGCUCCGCUGUGCCCACCAUGAGGCGAGGAACGCGUCAAUGAGAAUCUGCGUGAAGUGACCCAAAAUCGCCCCGAUAACCAUCACACCCUGCAGCAAAGGAAAGGACAAGACGAAGCAGCAGAAGGUGAUUCGGAUCCGGUGAUGAUUUGACCAGUGGUCUUGUCUCACCCGUGCGCCGAGGGCAGCCGGGAGGAAUUCGAUGACGGUCACGCACACGGGGAGUGUCUUCUGCGACGCGCACACGACCACUGCCUUGCUGAUCGCUGCAGUCAACACACACGGACCAUGAUUGAGCCGGCUGUGUGCAGAGGUCGGUGCGUUUCUCACGUGUGGGCAGCCGCAGGAGGAGAGAUGCUGAUGCGUUGAUAGCGAGGUAGACCAAAUGGAGGCCCACACCAAGGGCAGCCGUCGCAAUGACCAUCUCCACAUGUAAAUCGGCAAUCUGCACGGACGACACACAGCAACAAGCCAUCACGCUUGUCUGGCGUGUUGAUGUCUGUGUGCAGUGUCCUCUGGUGACUGACUGACCUGAUCGACCGCCUUCGAGACGCUCAUCCAGACGAUGACAAUAAGAAAGAAUGCCGACGAGUGCUUCAUGAGCUUCUUGUGCCUGUUGGCGAAGGCCAGUAUGGGCUUCCACAACGACAGCAGUUUGCCCACGACCAGCGGGACAAGGAUCGAGUACGUCAGGUUGAGCAGCAUCUGCACCCCGUCAAUCCGCACCGUAAUGCUCUCGCCCUCUUCCGCGCCGCCUUGUGACACAUCGACUAGCAGCGGGACGCUGACGGGCAGCGUGAAGAUGGCCAAGAAGUUGGUCACAACAGUGAAGAGCAACGCCAGUGGCUGGUUGCCCUCCGCUUGCUUCGUCAAUAUGACACCACUCGUGAGCGUCAUGGGCAUCAGAGCGAACAGCGCCAAGCCGAGGGAUAGCUCCAUUGGCACCAGCGGCACAAACACCAGGGCGAAGCCUGCCAGCGGAGUGAUGACAAUAAUGGAGAAGACGCCAUAGAGGGCUCCCUGCCAGCACUUGAGGCCCUCUUUCACUUCAGCGAACUGCAGCUUGAGGCCGGAGAGGACGAAGAUGAUGCACACGCAGAUCCGGGAGACCAAGCCCGACGGCACAGGGGAGUCCACACCUGCCAGCCAUUCGCCAGGCAGAGGGACCUGAUCACACGACAAACACGUCACUGGGAAUGCAGCCAUCCUCUGUGUCAUCUGUGCUGCCCGCUCAUCCCUUACCAGUGCUCCAAACACCACAAACACAACGAGACCGACAGGUAAGAAGUGAUUGUCGCAGAAAUUGAAUAUUCCACGGCCCAGUCUUGCCAGCCAGCUUGGCUUUGCUUCUACUGAAGUCAUCAUUGCCG